UAGAGCUCCUGAAAAUUGAGGCAUGGACGUUUAGACAGUUUUGGUGUUAAACGCGCCUCAACGCCUAUGUGGUUGUGUUUCUACAUGUUGUUUUAGGACUUUUCUGUCGGGUAGAUCUGGACUUAAUUGAAGGUGCUAAAACCGGUGCUUGUAUUUCGUAUUCGCCAUGGAUGAGGAUGACAAACAGUUUCGCUUUGCCUGGUUAAGAUUUUACCAUGUGAAUUCAUCAGUUACCAAAAAUCUUGGCAAAUUCUGAUAUGGGUUGUUCAUCUCAGUUCUCAAGAACCACCAGUUGUGCUCGUUGGACGGCACGCGCUUUGUUGAGUUGAGAUUUGAGACAUCAAAUGGCUGCAGCAAUCUUUUGUGGUUGUUGGUUGAUCAUGCUCAAUGCCACUUGAUGAUUUGUGAGUGGUGAGUGGUGACUAAUCGAACCACUCGGAUGUUAAUAACUGUUCAUUCUCUUGGACGGUCUACCCACAAGUGUCCAACCAUAUCUCUCUCCUCCUGCAAUUUCCUCCUUUCCUUCCCAGCUCAGAAUUCAAUUUCUCACUACUCAUCAACCACUACUCCCCAUUCUCUUCUGUCUAUCCUUCCUCCAUGCCCUUCUGUCCAGCAAGUCAAACAAGUCCAUGCUCACAUUGUUGCCGCCGGCCUUGCCGGCAACCACACGAUCAUGGGCCACCUCCUUUCUGCAUUGGCUCUCUCCCCUUCCACUUCAUCCGACUAUCCCUGCGAGAUUUUCCGACGGAUUGGGAACCCAAAUAUUUUCGCUGCGAAUAACAUGAUUCGAUGUCUUGCAAAGGGCAAAUUGCCUCGUGAUUCACUUCUUUUGUAUGCGGAUAUGAUGAGGAGUAAUUUGCUGCCUAAUAAUUAUACCUUCCCUUUUGUCCUCCAAGCUUGUAGCAAGGCUUUGGCAAUAGCUGAAGGGACCCAAAUCCACGCCCACGUUGUGAAACUUGGAUUCACAGAAGAUAUCUACAUCCGAAACGCUUUGAUUCAUUUCUAUAGCGCUUGUCACAAAACAGAAAGCUCGAGGCAGGUGUUUGACGAGAACCCCCAGUGCUGUGAUCUUGUCACGUGGAAUGCAAUUCUUGCUACCCAUGCUAGAGGUGGUCAGAUUGAUAUAGCGGAGAAACUGUUCGGAGAAAUGCCUGAUAGAGAUGUGAUUUCUUGGAGUACCAUGAUUGUGGGUUAUGUCCAAGGUGGAUACCUUGAGAAGGGCUUGGAAUGCUUUAGGGAGAUGAGAGAGAAGGGGCUGUUCCCAAACGAGGCAAUAUUGGUGACAGUCCUCUCGGCAUCAGCUCAAUUGGGUUUGCUUGAACAUGGCCAAUUAAUUCAUUCCACUAUUGAAUCCUUAAACUUCCCUAUGAGUGUCUCGCUUAGUACAGCCCUUAUCGACAUGUACGCAAAAUGUGGCUGCAUUGAGCAAUCUAGACAAAUAUUCAGCAAAAUGCCCCAAAGAGACGUUUGGACAUGGAACGUCAUGAUUUGUGGGUUGGCCUCCCAUGGCCUCGGAAAUGAAGCUCUUGCUAUGUUUGAGAACCUCAGGGGUGAAGGACUCCAACCAGUGAAUGUGACCUUCGUAGGGGUCCUGAAUGCAUGUAGUCGAGCAGGUUUGGUUGACAAGGGCAAACACUAUUUUAGGCUGAUGACAGAAGAUUAUGGCAUCACGCCUGAGAUGGAGCACUAUGGGUGUAUGGUUGACCUCUUGGGUCGUGCAGGUUAUGUAGCUGAUGCCCUUGAAUUGAUUGAGAAAAUGACAAUCCAACCGGAUCCUGUAUUAUGGGGAACCCUACUGGCAGCUUGUAAGAUUCAUGGGUUAGUAGAACUGGGUGAAACAAUUGGGAAGAAACUAAUCAAAUUGGAACCCACCCAUGAUGGGUACUAUGUGCUUCUUGCUGGCAUAUAUGCCAAAGCAAAUAAAUGGGAAGAUGUGGUUAGAGUUAGAAGAUUAAUGGUUGACCGAGGCACCAGCAAAGUUGCAGGAUGGAGCUUGAUUGAAGCACAAGGAAAGGUUCAUCAAUUCAUAGCAGGGGAUAGGGAACAUGAGCGUUCUUCUGAAAUUUACAUGAUGUUAGAAGUGAUCGAUGGGCGAUUAGCAGAAGUUGGAUACUCACCUGACAUUUCACCUGUCUUGCAUGACAUUGGGGAGGAGGAAAAGGCGAUUGUGAUUAAAGAGCACAGUGAGAGGCUUGCAAUUGCUUUUGGUUUGUUAGUGACUGAGACUGGGAAUUGCAUUCGAAUAGUUAAGAACUUGAGGGUUUGUGAAGACUGUCAUAAAGUCAGUAAGCUUAUCUCAAAGGUGUUUGAAAGGGAAAUUAUAGUGAGGGAUGUGAGUAGGUUUCACCACUUUAAAGAUGGUUCUGAUGAGAACAAUGGCCUUAAUGUCUUGUAAGUGGGGGAGGGUUCCUUGGGGUUUGAAGGGGACAGCAGUAGGCCUUGGAACUGGGAGGCAAGUACCUCCAUAAAGUCAUUUCUUCUUGGCCCACAUAAAUGCUAUUGUGCAGUCAAAUGAUUAUUAGUUUCUUACCAUAAAAUCAUUAAGCACUUCAGGGGUUAUGAACUGAUGCAAGCAGAUGGUUCUAGACGAGCUAGGGGAAAGCUGAAAAGGAUGAGAUACUGACAAAUGACACAUGGACUCAAAAUCUAAAGGAUAUGGUUCUUGUUAGCGUGGAAAUGCAAACAGGAUUCAUGUAGUGGACUUUAAAUAGUGGGAGGGGAAAGCUUGUGUUGUGACAAUAAGCGCAUUGUGAGCAAGGAGGAAGAUGUGAGUCACUUCAUUCUUUACUUUAGCCUCUCCUCUAAUGUGUUGGGUUUCUGCCCAACACAAACACUGAUUCGAGAUAGUGUGGUCUCCUAGAGAAGAAACGAGAGAAGAGAUAAAACAGAGAGAUUUCUGGGUUGAAUUUAGGUAACUUUCUUCUUGCUUUGCCUUUUAUUUAUAGAUGUACAAGUUGGUAGUUGUAACAACUCAAGAAUUCAAGAAUCAA